AUGUAUUUCAACAAACUCGAAGAUUCUCCAAUGUUUCGACAACAGAUCCAAUGUUUAGAAGAAAUUGCAGAGACAUUGAGGGAGAGAGGUUCAAAGCUCUAUAAAGGCUGUCGAAAGUAUACAGAAGGCCUCGGAGAAGCGUAUGAUAGGGAUCUUGCCUUUUCAAGCUCCCUUGAAAAUUUUGGUGGAGGACCUGAUCCUAUUUCCUUGGCAUUUGGAGGUCCUGAUAUGAUAAAAUUUGCAGUUGUUUUGAGAGAAGUGGGGGCAUACAAAGAAAAUCUUCGAUCACAGAUUGAGCAUACAUUAAGUGAGAGGUUACUGCGCUUCUCCAAUGUUGAGCUACAAGACAUCAAGGAAGCUAGGAAGCGUUUUGACAAGGCUGAUGCAGUUUAUAGCCAGAUACGUGACAAAUUUUUAUCAUUGAGGAAAAGUACUCGAACGGAAAUAGCUGCUGCCAUGGAAGAGGAACUUUACAAUGCUAGAAUGACAUUUGAGCAAGCUCGCUUUAAUCUGGUUUGUGCUCUUUCAAACGUCGAGGCAAAGAAGAGAUUUGAAUUUCUGGAAUCUGUGGGUGAGGCAAUGGACGCCCAUCUUCGUUAUUUCAAGCAGGGAUAUGAUUUAUUACAUCAAAUUGAGCCUUACAUUCGCCAGGUAUUGUUAAAUGCACAAAAAACUAGAGAAAGCUACUAUUCUGAGCAGAAAGCACUAAAUGAAAGGAUCCAAGAGUACAAAAGGCACAUUGAUGUAGGAAACAGGCAAUCUUCUAAUCCUCCUGUUUGUAACGAAGAUUUGGUACCACAAUAUCCAAGAAAUUCCCAUAAAUUGAUACAAGCGGUUAUGCAGUCUGCCUCAGAGGGAAAGGUUCAAAACAUCAAACAAGGAUACCUUUCAAAACGCUCCUCGAAUUUGAGAGGGGACUGGAAAAGAAGAUUCUUUGUUCUUGACAAUCGAGGGAUGCUGUAUUACUAUCGCAAACAACUGACCAGACCUUCUGGGUGUGGUCCGCAGAGAAGUAAUGCCGCUGAACCCGGCCCUGGAUUGCUGAGUCGGUGGCUAUCUUCUCAUUAUCAUGGUGGCGUGCAUGAUGUUGCACGUCACACGGUGAACCUGCUAACAUCUACAAUAAAACCUGAUGCAGAGCAGUCAGAUCUGAGGUUCUGUUUUAGGAUAAUCUCACCAACAAAGAUAUACACUUUGCAAGCAGAGAGUUCUGUGGAACAAAUGGAUUGGAUUGAAAAAAUAAAUGGAGUAAUAGCUUCAUUAUUAAGUUCCCAAUCACCUGAGAUGGUAGAUGUUGAUUCUACUCAUUUCUUUUCCCAGCAUCCAUGUACUAGUCCUACAAGUGAAGCUAGCUUAGGAGUAAAACCACUGGCUCAAGAUAGGAAGACAUCAGAAGAAUGUAGCAGUGAGAAGGAUCGAACUUGCAGAAAUAUGAUGCGCGUAUGUAGAAGUUCACAACAACUACAGUAUGGUGGAAGAUGUGAGAAACCUGUCGAUGCAUUAAAAAAGAUACCUGGUAAUGAUAAGUGUGCUGAUUGCGGUGCACCUGAACCAGACUGGGCUUCCUUAAAUCUUGGUAUUCUUAUCUGCAUCGAGUGCUCAGGUGUUCACCGCAACCUUGGUGUGCACAUAUCCAAGGUAAGAUCUUUGGAACUUGAUGUGAAGAUAUGGGAACCUUCUGUCAUCAUGUUGUUCCAGUCACUGGGCAAUGUAUUUGCCAAUUCCAUAUGGGAGAAGUUUUUGACUGCUAAGAGAACUCUUCAGGCUGAUGACUUACCUAGGAGGUCCUCAGAGCCUGAUAAAUCAAGGGAGUCCUUUGGGAAGCCCAGUUGUGGUGAUCAUAUAUCCACAAAGGAGAAGUUCAUUCAUGCAAAGUAUGCAGAAAGGCGGUUUAUUCAAAAAGUAAAGGACACUCAUCUUAUUUUACUUGAACAACAGUUGUGGGAAAAUGUGCGUGCUAAUGACAAGAAAGCAGUUUACCUCCUUAUUGUCAUAUGUGAAGCAGAUGUUAAUGCUGCUCAUGGUCAUGCCUCAUAUAGCUCCUCUUCGUCUCUAGCUAGCAUUAUGCACUUGGAAGAUCUGAGUAAACUUGAUCAUGAAUGUGACUACUUGCGAGCUUAUUCUACAGAUAACUCAAAAUCUUUGAGGCCAAUAAGAGAGAUCCAUGAUCCCUUGACUGAUGAAUCUCUUGAGGGCUGUUCUCUGCUUCACCUAGCUUGCCAAACUGCUGACUGUAGCAUGGUGGAGCUGCUCUUGCAGCAUGGUGCAAACAUAAAUGCUUCUGAUUCAAAGGGCCAGACACCACUGCAUCACAGUAUCAUCAGAGGAAGAACUUCAAUUGCAAAGUUACUUCUUCACAGGGGAGCUAAUCCACAAGCAGCAGACAUGGAAGGUAAAACGCCUCGUCAGCUUGUCACAGAAUUAGGAAUCGAUGACAUCGAAACCAUUGCCCUCGUUCGAGCACCAAAGAGAUAGCACAAACUGCAAGGUUUUUGUAGGUGAAGAGCAAUUUGGAUCCAUUUGUUGCAAGGGAUCUCCAGGCCAUUUUGGUU